AUGGUACAAUCGAUGGACACGACUGAAGACAAAGAGUUGGCUCCACUGACCGCAGCCGGCGUUGUGACUGGUGUACACCACAGAGAGAUCGGCAGUCCAGAAGCAAUGUUUGCCUGCCUAGCAACCUACUUUAAGCGCGAGUUGAGUCCCGAGUACACAAAUCCCAAACGCUGUGUUCUCUCAUCACAACUCCCACCACAACAACCACUCAACACAACCAGACAUCACAUCCCGACCCGCAGUCCGCACAUCACGUGUUGGCCAAACAAUUGGUCGCCCAAUACUUUGACUGGCGGCCUAUAUUCUCUUUCACCAAAACUAAACGCACCGCCCAUUGAUUGGUCUUCGGCUCAGAACCAGUUGGGAUUGACUGCAGACGAAGAACUCGUGGACAGCGAUUCCAAGCAAUUGUUCACCACUUUUGACUGCAAUCGUGAAGAAGUGUUUGCAAACGACAGACAAGUGAUACUAAAAGACUAA